AUGGCGCAAGCCAACACCAACAUGCCAUCCCCUCGUUUCAUAGUGGAAAUGUCGACGGACUCACCGACGAUGCCGUUCAGUCAGAUCAAGUCACCGCUCAAAGUGAAUGGAGACCACACAGCAGUCGCUGGAAUGCGCAACACCAAUCCUUACAAUCUACGAUCACGUCGAUUGCAGCAGGGGAUGGAACAGGGCGGUUGGAGUGAUGGCCAGCAGAUGGCUUAUGCUUCGACUGGUGUUCACAUGGACCCUUCUGGAUACAAUAACAUGAGCAAUGCAUCGAAUCCAUAUGCGAACAGUGGUUCGGUACUUCAAAAUUUAAACAACACAACGAAUUUCGGCUGGGACUACACACCCAAUACAUUCUACCAAACACCAGCACCUAUAAUGAACCCUCAAUGGCUACAAAUGCAAUUUGCGCAGCAAACGAUGAAGACCCAGCAGAUGUUGGGAGCGUUUGGUGGCUCGGCUUUCAUGAAUAAUACCAGAGGGAUACACCAGCAGAUACGUCCAAUGUCCACCGCAGUCUUGCCCAGGGACAGCGUAACAAAACAGUUUGGGAUGACACCCGAAGCACCACCUGCCACUUUCGCCCCUGAUGCUACUGCCGAAACGAACAAUAAUGCGCAAUCAACCCCAUCAGUUCCAAUCAAGUAUGUUCGUACCGAGAGACCCCCGGUCGAACCACCACAAACCCCCUUACCGUCCGCCGCAUACCUGGAGCAAGCGAACAAAGAGCCGUUAGACCUCCAUUUCAUGCAACCACUCCUUAUCAUUCUAGACCUAAACGGGACACUCCUGUAUCGCAAGCGCAAAUCAUUCCCACCCAAAUUCAUUCGACGACCGGCACUUGACUACUUUCUCGAGCGACUCACAAGCCGACAUCACGUCAUGGUAUGGUCAAGUUCACGACCGGAAACCGUCGAGGCAAUAUGCGACGAGAUAUUUUCCGAGGGUCAAAAGAAAAAGUUAGUAGCGAAAUGGGCUCGGAACAAACUUGGCCUAAAUCCAGAGCAGUAUAAUGCCAAAGUGCAGGUUUACAAAGAACUGAAUAAGAUUUGGGCAGAUGAGAAGAUACAGGCAUCUUUCCCUCACAAGAAACAUCGAGCGGGGAAAGCGGCGUAUAAUGCACUUCGCUACGCGCCUGGUCUCGAUGAAUUGAAAGAAAUGACGGGGUUUAUUGCUAAGAAAUGGGAUCAAUCAAACACCGUCUUGAUUGAUGAUAGUACUCUGAAAGCGGCCGCAAAUCCGUACAACAUCCUCCAGGUCCCCGAAUUCACAAACGUGCCAAACCAGGACGAUACCACCGUUCUCAAAGAGUUACUCCUCAAAAUCCGAGUCCUCGCAAAAUCAAACGACGUCAGCCGUCGUCUUCGCACCUUGGGCCCAGAAGGUAUCCAGAUCAGACGCGAAGAUGUAUUAUCAUCUGCCUCUUCAUCUUCCGGAUCAGAGUCAGAGUCGGAAAAGUCUAUAACAAAAGGCUUGAACUUCGGCAUACGAUAUGACGAAUUCAGGAAAGAGGAGCGAGAAACCGGGGAACCGGUCGUUGGCCCUGGUGAGAUUUUUGAGACGGAUAACAAGAUUGUCCCGGUUGCGUUGCCGGAUGUAUCUACUAAAAAUCAGUUUAAACAGCGAGCGAAAAGUCAGAAGGCGAGACGGAAGACUAUGAAGAAGCAUAAGAAAAAGCAUGCUUCAAGUGAGUGA